GGAAAGUGCUUUUUAAAAAAACCUGCCCGUUUUGUCGAGUGUGCACCCCUUGCGAUAAAUUUGAGUCAGCACCAAGCGACGGGGCUCUGCAGUCCUCCGACGGAGCGCUGAUCAGGUGGUCACGGAGCCCGUGGAAACGGCAGCACGAUGCAGCUGAGGAGGCAAAGCACAGCCCACAGGCAAACCGGGGCUGUCCUCACGAGCGAGCCGACAACCUUCGCAGGUCUAUCUUUCCGAGGAAGGAUGCACUGAGGCUGCAGCAGGGACUGGGGCAACCAUGGAGAAUCCGGUCUUCAAGGCAUCUCCCUGUCUGCUGGCUCUUCUCCUCGUCCUACCAGCUGUUCAGGGCGUCUGUCCUUCUCUGUGUUCAUGCUCAGGAAACCACAGAAGGGUGGACUGUUCUGGCAGAAACCUGACUGCACUGCCCCAUGGACUUCAGGACAACAUUACCUAUUUAAACCUGUCUCAUAACCGCCUGGCAGACCUCAACAGCCAACUUGCUCAGUUUGCCAAUCUGAGGACCCUGGAUAUUUCCCAUAACCAGCUCUGGAACUUGCCGGCUAACCUGCCCAGGUCGCUCUGGGAGAUCCAUGCUGCACACAACAAUGUCAAGGUUCUCCAAAAGCUGGACACAGCUUACCAGUGGAACCUAAAGGUCCUCGACAUGUCUGAAAACAUGGUGGAACGGGCCGUUCUUAUCAACAACACACUGAGCAACCUCAAGUUCCUCAACCUCAGUAGCAACAGACUCUGGACGGUCCCCACUAACAUUCCUUCCAACGCAGAAACAGUGGAUCUAUCCAACAACUUCUUAACGCAAAUUCUACCUGGCACGCUGGUGAGGCUCUCACACCUUUCCAAACUUUACUUGCACAACAAUAAGUUCACCCACAUUCCCGACAAAGCUUUUGACCAGCUCACUCAACUGCAACUAAUCACAUUUUCCAAAAACCCGUGGGCGUGUGAAGACGGUGAGCAAGCCCUCUCGUAUUUGCGGAAAUGGGCAGCAGAGACCAGCGCUGCAAUCGUAGACCUCCCCUGUGCCAGUGAAACCAGCACCUUUUGGAAACAUGCCACGUCCCCCUCAACUGCUCCCACAGCUGGGGAGAACCACCUCCUUGUAAAGGCUAUGAAGGCCGCAGGUACUGCUGGGUCUCCAAUGACAACCGAGCACGCCCAGCUUGGGCACCGCCAAUUCAGAACGAAGGAGGGUGUGCUCAGUGCUACCACCGGCCACACUGUGGCAUUUCCCAGCACCGACAAGCCACUAAUCCUCUACGCGGAAGACCCGGGCACAGAGAAGCUCAACUCAUAUGAAGCAGCAGCUGCCACGCAGACUAUCCAUCUGCAAGGUACAAGCUCCGUGAAUGCAAGCACAAGGGGUCUGGCGGGAACAUCGGUGACUCCGAUGACCUUGAGCAUCACCAGUGGAAUGCCUACAAACUAUUCAAAGAGGCCUCAAAGCACAACUCUCACCAUAAAGAAAGCCGAAUCGGCCACAAAAGUGAACCCCAACAGCAAGUCCAGAGCAAGUCACUAUGAGGUAGUCCCGUUCGUCACAGUCUUGCUUACUGCUGUGGUGCUGGCAAUCGGCUAAAGGCUUGUGCUUGUGAACCGUUGCUUUACCAUUCCUCCUCAGCAAGUGGUUGGAACAAAAAAUGCUUGAGUCAAACAAGGGUUCAAAUAAAAGAAGAAAGCCCAUUUCCGUCCUGGAACAGGGCUUACAAAAAGCAACUUCUCCUAAACAAAAAGGCUGCACAAAAUUAUGUCUUGAUAACCGAGCUCCUACUUACCUUAACUUUGUCAGAGUCAAAUAACACAAAAGUCUAAUUCUAUCAAAUAAUAUAAUGGGGUUUUUUUAUGAAAUGUGCUUUUUUUGUAUUUACAUUUUUAAUUUUCUUCAAACACACACACACACAAUGAAAACAAAGUCAGUAUUUUAUGUAUCAAUUAUGUAUAGUUUUGUCAUUAAACAUCUGGAAAAGAAAAAUAUGAACAGCCUGUAUCAUCCAUGUAUUUGCCUUGCCAGACAUGCUAGUCCGAGAGUCUUGUAACAUAAAAGUACUGGUCCUCUUAAAAGAUGAUGUGCGAAAAGGGAUUAAAUGGUUAAAAAUAAAAUUGUCUAAAACUGA